UCUCGGGAAAACAGCCACGCAUGCUGCUAGCCACCGUGUUACGAUGCUGUCAACUAGCAUGUCGGCGGCGGCAUUCGCGCCCGCAGGCAAGAGUAUCUUCUCGUGUCAACUACGACGGCGACCCCAGUACCCAGGCUUCGAUGGUCCCCGUUGUUGACUUUGCUUCAACACACCAUCCGUAGCACCUACGAGGCCCUGGCUUUGCGUAUGCGCCUAUGAGUACCACGGGAGACACCCUGGCAAUACUUGCUAAUCUCGCGCACGACCGGGGACUUCACGCGGCUGCAGCAUUGACAUGGCUGGCCUACGACUAUGUGUUAUCGCUUGAGGACGAGGUGGAUCUGAUAUGGAGUUCUGCGGAUACGGUCCCGAAGCUUCUUUACUUCAUUUCACGAUAUUUCGGCCUUAUCGUACAAUGCAUGAAUUGCGCUGACAUACCAAGACUAUACUGUCGAGCUGCGCUGAUAUGGACUGCCAUUGCUCUCUAUACCCUGGUAUUUUGCGUCGAGUUCAGCCUGAUGCUUAGGAUUUACGCGCUGUACGGGCAAAGUCGAUUGAUCUUCUUGAUUCUCAGCAGUGCAUUUGCUGUGGAAACAUUGGUCAGAAAGCAGAUCAAUCAUUGCGUAAAUGGCUUACCACUCAAUAUCUGGCCUACAGUGCGUUCUUGUCAUGAGCAGCGUGGGCUACAAGGAGAUGUUCUGGGCGAUCAUGCCGUAUCCUUCAAGUUGGCCGAUCGAGGGGUGUUUCUACCCACCGACCCCUUCAUGGUUUCACGGAUCCUGGCUACCUUUAGCAGGAUUUGAGAGUAAGUCUGUUAUAUGACGUCGGCAUAUUGUCCUCAUCGAGGCCUUCUGACGCUCGAAAUGGAUAGCCCUCCUUUUUGUCCUGAUGGCUAUCAAAGUCUACUCGUAUCGACCACUA